UAAUACUUCAGUCUGCAUCGAGAAAGAUUUCAGUGAGAACUUUUCCACUUUGGCGUUUUGUUGGUUCUCAGAAAAACAGAAGAGUGACGGCUGAUGCAAUGUUCGAGCAAUUGUGUGUUAUCGGAUCUCCAGACGGAGAGCUAUUCCCAUUUUCAGAGAUUUUCCGCAGUUGGUGACUGUGAUGUCAAUAGAUUAAGACCGGAAGCCCAAAAUUAUCGGCAGCCUUGGUAUUUUCAAGGCCGAAUCGCGCAAUCACAUUGCUAUUUUCUACUGGAUCAUUGGAGUUUCUUUCGUGAUCAAUCUCCAAAAUCACGAUAAAUAAGCCACAAUGAAAUUCGAUUGGUGCUCUUUAUUAUGCCCUUCAAUUUCAAAAUUUCGCUGCUUUCGUCUGCAAUGAUCAUAUCUUUGAGAUAUCGGGAUAUGAUUUCAUAAAGAAAUCACCAAUUGUCCAUGUAUUCGCAACUUGCUUGAGUCCACAGAUGGCCUAUUCUGUUGGCAUGCAAAGCUUGAGUACCCUAUGCACCAAUCACCACGCAGGUUCUA